AUGCUUAGAAAGAAAUUUAAUAAUAUAAAAUACAAUUUGAAAAGAUACAUCAGUUUUGAUUCUUUAAGAAAUAGGAGCAGCUUAAAAGAUGUAGAUGAUGGCAUUUUUAAUAUGCUAUCAUUAUAUAAAAAUAAUAAUAACAUAAAUUUAUCAGUAAUUAACAAUAUUAUUCCUUUAUAUUUGAAAGAAUGUUUAAUUAAUGAUAUAAAUAAAACUAUUCAAUGUAAUAAAAAUGUUUCUGAGAUGAUCGAAAAUAGAGCGUUAAAUUCUUUUAAUUUAGAAAAAAAAUAUUGGGGAUUCCUUAUUAAUAGUUAUAGUAAUUGUAUAAAUUCACACAAUGAUUAUUUUCUUUUAAAGUUAUAUAAUAGUUUGAUAAAUAAUAGAAAUAAAAUAAUGCAUAUUAGUUUUUCAUUAGAAAAAAAAAAUAAUAAAAACAAGCGGAAUUGCUUAUUAGAUACCGUUUAUAAUACAAUUAAAAUAGAAAAUGAAAAUAACAUAAAUUAUAAGCAAAUAAAAGAUAUAUAUGAAAUUUUUAGACCAGAUAUAAUUUAUAUAGAUGAAACAAAUAAUCCUUAUAAUUUUGAAUAUGAAUUUAUAAAAAAUUUGAAAGAUAUAAAUAAUAGUAUAGUAAUAGUAAACAUAAGUAAUAAAGCUAAUUUAAUUUCUCAAAAUUUAAUUCCGACUCCUUUUGAAUAUUCAGAUAUCGUAUUUUCUUUUUUGAAUGAAAAUUUUCGUGCACAUAAUAGUUAUAUAGUUUUUUAUAAAAAGGGUUUUAAGUACUUUAAUAAUGAAGGAAAAUUAAUAUCCUACGAUUUCGAAGAAAAGUUAAAAAAUAUAUUUUCUGAAAAUAAUUUAAAUAACAUAGUAUUUUCUCUAGCUACUUCGUUUAAAUUAAUGAAAAAUACUGAAUUUAAAGAAUAUGCGAACCAAGUACAGAAAAAUGCAUCUAUUUUAUUUAAAUAUAUUAAUAAAGAGUAUUUUAACAUUCAUUAUUCUGGAAAUAAUAGCUUCUUAAAUUUAAAUCCUUCUAAUUAUUCUUUUAAUGUUCAAGAAUUUUAUACUUUAUGCACUAAGUUAAACAUAUUUUUUGAUGUCUUAAGUCCAACUAAAUGUAUUCAAAAAUCUUUUAAUAUAGGCACAAGUUAUUUAACUAGCUUGGGUUUAUUAGAAAAAGAUAUGAAAAUAGUGGCGGAUUUUAUUAAUCAAUCUAUUUCUUUAUAUUUUCAUAUGAAACAAAAAGAAAAUUUAUCAAAUGAGAAAUUUAUAGAGUAUAUAAAUAAUUCAACAACAUCUGAAAUUUUAUCUCUUGCUAAUGAUGUUUUUUGUUUUAUUUCAUCUUUUCCAUGUAUGAAGAGUUUUUAA